GACCAACUCGAAGUCGACUUCGGCAUGUCCUUUGUCCGGUAAUUGGUCAUUUUGAUUGGCUAAUUUUACGCCGAUCCAUGAAAUUUCGCGGGGGACUAUUAAAAAUUAGUCUUGCAGGAGGACUAUUAAAAAUCAGUCUUGCGGAUAGGAACUAUUAA